GCAGCUGACUGCACUGAGCAUGCGCUGCCUCUGCAUCGUGAGCAGAUACCAGCACUUAAAGGGCUGUUUUCCUCUCCUUCUCGUGCCCCUUCACCAGCUCGGAACCCCAGGAGAAGUCAGCAGACCAGGAAUAGAGAGUCCAUCCAUACUGCCGUGGCACCGGCUUGUGCAAAUGUGCUACCUGAAACGGUCCCUAAGCGAACCGUGGUUCCUUUACCUUUCCAUCAAGUCUGCUUCACCGUAGGAGUAUGAUACAGUUGUUGAUCCGCAACAGCGCCACCAGGAGGCUGGUACAGGGACACGAGGCAGAGGUGCACCAAGCAAAGGUGUAGCUACAGAUUUUGAACCCCAUAAGUGAACGUAGGGCACUGGACAGGAAACACCCUGAUGGAAAUGCCCAGGACUAUCCUACCCAAAGGCUAGAGGCCAUGGGACAUGGGAGGAAGCGCCAGGAGAAAACCAGGUUCUCUUAUUAAACAAAUAAUAUCAUCUGGGAGAUGUUUACGACCACUGGCUCUAGGGGUUUGUAUAAAGCUCCCCUGUGUAAAAGCCUGCUGAUUGUCCCCAGCGCCCUGGCCGGCCUGCUGACUCUGGCCUUUCCUCACUACCAGAGCAUCUUCCUCUAUAACCUGCAGGCCAUCAGAGAGGAGUGCCAGCUGUGGCGGUUGCUUUGUGGAAGACUGGUUUGUUUGGACUUAAAGGACACAUUUUGCAGUAGUCUCCUCAUAUACAAUUUUCGCAUCUUCGAGCGACGCUACGGAAGCCGCAAAUUCGCAUCUUUCCUGUUUGGAACAUGGAUCCUCUCUGCGCUGAUGGACAUCCUGCUCGUCGAAACCCUGCACCAUCUUUUCCAUCUGAAAGUGAAUGUUUUGCCAUCGGGGCUCCUGGGCCCAGUCUUUGCCCUCUUCGUGCCUUUCUACUGCUCUAUUCCUCAAGUCCAAGUCACUCAGGUCUUCGGUCAGUUCUCAAUCACAAACAAAUCGCUGGUCUACAUUGUAGGCCUACAGCUUUUAACGUCCAGUCCCUUCAUGUGGAUCAUCUCUCUUAGCGGACUGGGGUCAGGUGUGCUUUACCACAGAAACACGCUGAAGUUACAGCACCUCCUCCUGGUGCCUGGCUGGAUGGCACGCUGCUGUUCCUAUGUGACGCGUCCUCUGCUCUCUGCGUCGGAGCGCCCCCUGGAGGCCGGCCUUGGCAUGGGCGCAACGUUAGACAUCCAGCGCCAGCAGCGGAUGGACAUGCUGGACCAUCAGAUCCUCCUCUCCCAGUUUGCCCAGAUGAGGAGGCCUCAGCAGCAGCAGGCUCACUUGAUCAACUGGAGCCGGUUCUUCCCAUCUCUUCGUCACAGAGGCCAGAACCAGAACUAUGCACAGCCCCAGCAACCUGUGCAGGCAUCACCGCCCAACCACGUUGACGUUGGCAUGCCUGUGUCUGAGGAGCAGGUAGCAAGACUUGUGGAGAUGGGAUUUUCUAGAUUGGAUGCUUUGGAAGCCCUAAGAGCAUCUAACAAUGACAUCAACAUGGCCACUAACUUCCUGCUUCAGCAUUGAAGUAGGGGAACAGCACCAUCCCUAGCACUGGACAACUGCAAUUAUACUGGACAUCCUUGGACAACAUGUAACAUGUAACAGAUGCCCUCAGCUGUCCUGAGAGUGAGAGUGACUUUUAUUCUGGAACUGAUCUUGCUUCCCAAUUCAGAAUUGGUUUAGGGGGCGAGCUGAAGAGCAUUUCCUCCUUAAGAACUCAGGAGUUUAGAAAGCUACAUCCUUCAGGUUGAAGUCUUUAGGAUUUAAAUUUUUUUUUUCUUUCUCAAAUGAACAUCAACUAUAACAUGUAACUUUUUUUUUUAUCGUAACUGGUCUACACAGUUGGCACGUAUUAAAUCCUAAUGGUUUGAAAUAUUGAAUGUGAAAAAAAAAGUCUGACUAUAGCAUUCUCAGCUUUUAUGCUGUUUUGGCUGCAAUAAAAACUUUUCUGCAAAUCUUCAGAUCAUUCAGCUAUUUCUGAUUUUCCUUAAGUUAUACAUGGUACAUGUGUGUUGUUUUUAAUUUUUGUUACGCUUUAUAAUACUAAGUGGACUGAAUGUAUGGGGCUGGUUAGGAAGGUACUGUUAUCAGUGCAAAUUUUAAUAAUUUUUAUUUAAUCCAAAAAUAAAUGUAAAAAUGACCAGCUUUGUAAUUUUGACAGGGAUUCGUGUACUUUUUUCUUAGUCUUUAGUUACAGGUUAUAGAGAUCAGGCAAAAGAGAACCUGCAAGAUUUUUUGAUUCCGUCUGAAAAAUGCCCAAAUGUUCCUUAAAAAUUUCGGUAGUCAUCAUCUGUCUUCUGAAUAACACUUUUAUUUAUACAUGUCCUGAAUGAUGAAUGAAUGAACAAUGAAUGUCAUCCUAUCAGAGCAGAGUCUGUUCUUUUUUUAUUACCUAUUAAAAAUUAAGCUUUUAUGAUAAGCCUAUACUUUUGCCAUUUUAGCUACUGAAAUGGGAGUUACCUAUAUGGAACAUUUUACAGUGUGUACAUGCUUUUUUUGUCUGUAACAAAGCCUUUUGCAGUGACACGGCAGCUCAGUGGGUAGCAGUAUUGCCUCAUACUUCUUGUGGUGGAAAUUUGAAUCCCACCUUUUUUGGGGAGAUCUGCUACUUCUCACUGAACUGCAUGGGAUUCCUCCUGAGACCACAGACAUGCAGUUAUUGCCAGUGCUGUAUGAUACAGUAGCUGGUGUGUGUCCGGGGUGUACACUCCGCUGUCUCUGACCAAUGUGGGUGGUUGGCAGGUGGAUGAGUUUCAUCGUUUUUCAUUCAUAGUGAUAUAAAAAUGCUCCAAAAAUAAUAUAUUGCAUUUUAAUAUUUUAGUUCUCAUUGUGACAUGGUAUCUUCUCUUGAGUCUGUCUGGUCCCAGAGAAUAAGCACAGCUACCCUUAUGAUUAUGUUUCGUUUUCUCUACAUUUUUGGAAGAACCAUCCUUCUGAAUUUCCUAGGGUUUGUCAUAUACUUUAAAAUGUGUUUUUUUGUCUUAAUAUUUUAAUUUGCUGAGUGACUUCAUCUAUAACUUUCUGAAACCAUAAGCGCGUUGCUUUUUUUCCAGCCUAACAUGCAAGCAGUCGAGUUUCCUUCAAAUUUCACUACAGCUUUCCUCACCUUUUAUCCUCAGUCACAAAUGAGCUUGUGAAAUGCAAUGCAAUUUAAUGUUUUUGUAUUUUUCAUCUUUAUUUUAUUUGCAGCAUUGAAAUAUGGAAUUACCUGAAGCUGUAGAUCAUAUGUUGCGUUCAUAUGGUACUGUGGGGUAAAUUCAUCAGUUAAUAUGUUUGUUUUAAUAAAAUCAAUUUCUCAUUUAGAGCUUCUACUGAAUAUGCUCACAGCAGAGGUAAACAAAGUCACUUUUUGUAUGAAAGUGGCCCAUUCCUGUGAAUAGCUGGAACAUAAAUGAGACAAAAUAAUUGUCCCAAUACAGCAAAACGGUUCCCUUUACCUUUCAUUGGACAAAAUGUACCAUCAAACAUUCGUGUGAAACUUAAACGAAGCAAACAGCUGUUCAAAAUGUUAGGAACACCAGUUAUUCCAAAUUCCUAAUUUGCAAUAUUCAUCCUUGGGUCACUAAUCACUUUUGGUAUCAUGAAGUACUGUUCUCACGACUGCUUAGAUAGCUGAAUGGGGAAAAAGACAGAAUGAUGGAAAAGAUUAUCUCUCAUGAUAAUCUAGUAAGUUUUGUUCUUGCAGACUUUCCAUGGAUGGAACCACAUUCUCAUCCUGCCAGCUUAGACAAAACAUAAAAGCAUAUUUGCUUUUAUUAAAAGAGUAAGAAUAGAGCAGUGAAUAUUAUAUUGUUGAAUAUUAUCUCAGACACUUUAUAGUACCCAAAUAAUGUUUGUAGACCUAUGGGUCUCUUUUAAGGUGUGAAAACAUGUAAGAUAAUGUCUUGAAAUUUAAUGAAAAUUAAGCAUCAGUCUUGAUGUGUAAUAGUGGGUUUUCACUGACAUAUGAUGUCUUCGAGGAACCAUUAUCCUCUUUUAAUCUUAAAGCUAAGCAGUUGAAUCAUGUGGGCUGAUCUUGGACUUUACUAAAGCAGUGACUAAAGUUCGUGUUAUGUGGAAUGUCCAGUGACUAGCUCAAUGUUGACACCUAUUAAACCUACAGUCUUAUUAAAAGGGUAAUUUCUUGGAAAUAUAUUUUUACUGUUCUUGUCUGUGUUGACUUGAUGCUUGCAUUUUCUUUGUAUUUUGGCUCUUGUGGACCUUUUGUAAAUUGCACAGAAAAACUCACCCAGAUUUAAAAGUUGACAUGGAUUUUAUUUUGAACAGCAAAGUGGUGAUUUAUUUAAUGUCACUGAAAAAUAUUUGAGUUGUUAAAGAUAUAAGAGUGUAUCAAUGUGUUUAUAUAAGUGUAUCAGAUGAACUUAAAAAUAAAUCAUGAGUGAUUGAAGGAUAAA